UAUUUGACGUUGCAGUAAUAAAAACUAAAAGUCGUAAAUAAUAACAAAAGUCCAACUUUUGGUAGUACGAAAACGUGAAGUAGAAAAUUCAACUGAUUGGAAGGGGACACAUUUACAUUGAUAUUUUGAUAUUUUUGAAACAAAGCAUGUCAGGAAAAAGGAAAUCUUCAUUAUCGCCAAGUGAUGUUGAUUCGAAAACGCCAAAGGUCACGUGUAAUCAACAGAUUUUAAGCGAGAAAUUGACUUCAAAAUCGUGUAUCAGUAAAUUGAGAGAUGCAUGGCAAGAAACUAAAAAUCUUACAUAUACAGACGAUGCAUCGGGAGUUGAGAUCAGUCAUGGACCUUUCCGUCAUUGCGUAUUGCCGAACUUUCUGAAGGAUGAAGAAGCCAUCAGUAAACUGCAAGAUGAAUUGAUGGACCUAGAAUUUUCGGAGAAAAACAAUGACCUCUAUAAAUUUCAUCAGAGUACAGAAGACUUAAAAACUGCAAAGACUGAAAAUAUAAUGGCCUUCAGGAGAAUGCUUUGUGAGACAUUCAGAGACUGGCUGAUACAGGUCACUGGUAUACCAUUAAACAAAACAGUGGAUGCUUUCUGUGCACAGUAUGUAUAUACAGAUACUUUAUUAUGCCAUGACGAUGAGCUGGAAGGACGUAGAAUAGCCUACAUUUUCUACCUUGUUAACUCCUGGACUGAGAAAGAUGGUGGUGCUUUGGACCUCUUCAGUGUGGAUGAUAAUAUACAGCCAAAGGAAGUUGUGAAGUCAAUACUACCUGUCAGAAAUAAUUUUGUUUUCUUUGAAGUUACACCUGGCUCAUAUCAUCAGGUAGCAGAGGUUCUAUCAGAGGACAAGACAAGGUUAUCUGUCAGUGGCUGGUUCCAUGGUCCCCCAAUACAGAGACCGCCUCCGUACAUUGAGAAACCAAGACAACUACAUGGAUACAGUUCUAUUGAUGAUGAUGUUUUCUUUGACUGGAUAAAUCCGGUGUAUUUGAGUGUUGGUGCCCAGGGAAGUAUUCAGGAGAAGUUUGAGAAUGAGUCAGAAAUUGAGCUGCAAGAUUUUCUGCAGAAAGAGAAGUAUGAGGCCCUCCUUGAAGUGUUGAAAUCAUCUAACAUGUGUUGGAAAAAGAUGGGACCUGCUAACAAAAGGUGCUAUAAUCAUGCAGACGAAACCUGUUUACCAGAAGUGGUUCAGACAUGUGUAAAUCUGUUCAGAUCUGAUGCCAUGUUUCUCUUGUUGUCAAAUAUGUCUGGACUUAAACUACACGAAUUGGCUGGGGGCAGUUCUGAAUCAGAGUCUGAAGCAGACAGUGAAGGUUCUAGUCAGGAUGCCCAGGGUUCAUCAUCGAGUAAAUCUCAAACAAAAGAAGUUGAACACGAAGAAACGACAGAUAGUACUGCAGAUAGUGAUGCUGCCUCAAAGAAAGGGAACAAAGAAUCUGGAUGCACUGCCAGGUGCCGGACUGAAGUACGCCACUGGAGUCAUCAAUGUUAUACUCUUAUACAUGAUACCGAUACUGAGGGAUCACAGUUUGCCCUCGACAUGGUGCUUUAUCUGGGUUGUCAAGACUGGGAUAUGGAGUAUGGAGGUUUCACAUCGUAUAUUGCUAAAGGUGAAGAUGAAGAGUUAUUAACAGUGACCCCUCAACCAAACUCCUUGGCACUAGUGUACAGAGAUCAGGAAACUCUACGAUUUGUGAAAUAUCUCAACACGGACAUAAAUAAAAUGCCCAAUAAAGGAUUCUAUGAUAUAGCUGCUGUAUACUAUGAAUAAAACUGUUGCUUUUAUA